UCACGUUCGAUGUAUGGUGUCAUUUCGUUUGUAAUAUUCGUGAUUAAAGAAAUAUUAAAAUGUUCAGAAGAUUCCUUGUAUGUUUAGUCAGCUAUGUCUUACUACAUUGAAGAUAUGCUAGUGACUUUUGGUGGUGUGGAAAAGUUAUAGCGAAGAAAUUGUAGAUAAAUAGUUCAGUAUGAACUGUCACCAAGUAUUAAGUGGAGCCUGUAAUUCAGGGGAUCAAUGUUUUGCUGUGGGCUCCGUCGAGGGAAUCCCCUUCACAGCUUAUGCUGCGGGCUGCAACAUAGUGAUACUAGCUUCCAAUUUUGAGAGGGUCCAGAUUAUCCCCGGAGCUAUCCACGGCUACAUCCGUAUCGGCUCUCUGGACUGCAGUACGGACACUGGAAAGAUCGCUGCGGCGUAUGGUGCUGAAGUCUGUAUAUUUGAGCCAACACCAUUAAUCCAUAGUGCUGCUACUACUCAUGGUUUGGAGUACCGAUGGGUGCAAACCGGGAAGCUCACUGCGGAUGGACCAAUCACUGCCCUUUCGUGGAACUUGGAGGGCACGCGGCUCCUCACCGGUGGAAAGAUCUUGCAGCUCUGGCACCAGGCCUCACUUUACCAAGAGGACAGCCAACCAAGCUCCGGUGUAACAUUCCAAAUCGGCGGCAGCGACAAAGACGAUAAGCCGCCGAAGUUCCAGGAUGAAGAAGAGCCCGGUUGGCUGUGCGUAUGGCAGUGUCAGACGGCGACGCCGGCGCAUCACCUCGCCUUUUCACCAGAUGGUGUUCUCUUCGCUACGUCGGGAGUCAACGAUAGAUUAGUUAAGAUCUGGUAUCAAAACAAAGUAUUGAUACACGCGCAAGGCGAGCACGCGACGUCCGACCUCAACUAUACGUUCAUAUACGUCGCGCACCCGCGGGCGGUCACGCAUCUGUCAUGGCGGAAAACGAGCAAAUAUAUGCCCAAGGGCAGCGUGGGCAACGUGCUAGUGACGUCAUGCGUGGACAACAUCUGCCGCGUGUGGUCGGAGACGCUGCUGCCGGACGACGAGUGGGGCGGCUGCGUGACGGCGCACAGCCGCUCGCCGCCGCGCCGCCAGCGCGCCACGCACCGCCACAAGCACCGCUUCAUGCAGCGCCUGAAGCACAUGAAGACAUGCUUCCACAUACGACGGAACGCGCAGUCGUCUAAGCAGCCCGGGGCGCCCAUCCCCACCCUACCCUCGACGUAUAGUGCACACGACUUCCACAAUCCUUACCACGCCACAUCUUAUACUGGAGGUCUUCAUUUCCAUCUAGCAGCGUCUAUAAACGCCGAGACAGACAUUCCCCUAGUGCCGUCGCUGGCCGGCGGCGGGCGGUUUAUACUGCACUGGCUACACAAUAAGGAAAUGCAUUUCACCAGCCAAGCUGAAGCCAUACUGCAUGAUCUUACUAAAAAGGUUUUAGAUAAAGAAGAGGCGGAAGAAGCAGGUUCAGACCACACCACGCAUGCGGACGGAGAGAAUGACACGAGACAUAGGCGGCCUAGUCAAUUGACUAAAGUGCAGUCUGAGGAUAACAGUAAUAGUGAUGAGCAACCAGGUAGCGGUAACCACAGCCAUCCAACCCUGUCCAACACGACGUCCAUAAACUCUAUAGCGACGGACGUGACGUGCACGCACUUACCUGACUCGUUGGACGCAAAGAUCGAAGGACUAUUACGGGAUUGGCAUCAGAGUCCUGAUUUACUCUUCUCUAUACAUCCUGUGGACGGCAGUUUUCUUAUAUGGGUGUGCGAAUGGCUAGACGAGCUGCAAGCGGGCGCGAUCCGGCAAGCGCAGGUGUCGUUCUCGGCGCGGAUCCCGUCCGCGUUCCCGCUGGGCGACGCUACCACCAUGUGCACGCCGGCCGCGCUCUACCACGCCGCGGCACAGCCGCUCUACGUGCGGCACCGCACCAAGCCCGUCACACCCGGCCAACAACAACAGCCUGAGACCGUGACGACGCCUCUGGAGAGCGUUCAAGAAGAGAAAGAGGACACCGAGUGGCCUCAGAACGACGAACAGAAGGAGCCUAUGGAAAACGGCCAAUUAGAAGAAAAUAACAUCGACAUGAAGCGUAAACAGAGUAUAGCCACAGAAGACUUGGGUGAAAAUCAAGACGGAGACGUGUUGGACUCGGCACCUGUCAUAUCCAUGGUCACCAACCAUACCAACGGCACGCUCAAUCUCUGGCAGCUCACGUUUGACGACAAGUCUAAGUUUUCACAGGUGUUAUCAAUAGGACACGCGUCAAGAGCGUCCGGGCAUAGGUUUAGGGUUAACGACAUUACAUGCCAUCCAGUAUUACCUCUAUUACUUACGACGAGCCACCACAACAUAUCAGAUAGUGACAGAGACACGCACCUGCCCAGCGACGACACCGCGGCCGGCGGGCUGUGCUCGGAGCUCAUCAUGUGGCGGGUAGAGUGCGUCGGGCCGCUCGGCAAGUCGGGCGGCGUGUCUGAGCUGGCCAGGGUCAACUCGCCGCAUCUGUCCGCCUUUAGCAACGUGGCGUGGCUGCCUACGCUACUGCCCAGCACAACCCUCGGCAACCUGUCAAACUCGCCGUCUGCGUGUUUCGUGGCGAGCGACGGCGAGAGCCUCCGCGUGUUCCAGGCGGUUAUCGACGCGCGGACGCUACUCGCCGAGAUAGCGACGUCGGAGCGACGCCACAACAACAACGUAAUGCAACACGACACAAUGUCCAUGUCUUCGGAGUCCACACUAGAGGAAGGCGGCGGUAUACCGCUCCACGACCGCAUCAGGAUCGUCUCGCAGCAGUCCACGGCGCGGCCCGGCGCCAUCAUACAGCUGCACGCCAUCGCCGACGCCACGCACGACUGGCACAACACGCAGCUGCUGCACGUGUUCCAGGAGCAGCUCAUCACAGGCGAACGCACAACGACAGACACAGACAGCACCGACUCCGGCGUCGAAGGAGACGUACACACUAUAACAGAAGCUGGUCUAGAAGCGAUAGUGGAUCUACGGAAAGCAGCAGUUUUUAAUGAGCCAUUCUACAUAGUGGUUUUAGAACGCACGGACGGAGGGUCCACUGUGCAUAUGUGGAGGCUUACUGUUUCCUCACAGGCUGAUCCUUCAGACGAGCUGACGAACAGCAUGAUGUACGUGCCGGACAGCGCACUGGUCCAAGAAGACGAGGGCGAGUCCCGAAAGAACUCGGUGUCAUUCGACGCGGCAGAGCGCGCGCCGCCGCCGCCGUCUCCCAACUCGCAUCUUGCUAUCUCUACUAAAAAGGUGUGCGAAUGUCCACUGGCGUUGCCGGAUGGUGUGGACGUGAUCCACGCUACCCCAGCCGCUGGUCAUUUAAGUUCGGCCUCCAUUUACCCCGCCUGUCUAGCGCCAUACAUUCUAGCCACGGCGUGUUCGGACAGCACAUUAAGAUUCUGGAAAUGCAGCGUUACGAAAAAAGACAAUGAUGAAUAUGACUAUUCUUGGAAAGAAUGGGAAAUGAUGAAUAAGGACCAAGAGUCUGCAAUUGACAUUCCGGGGCAACCACUCCACAUAAGCGCCGCGUACUCGGGCCGCAUAGCGUGCGCGUACAAAUGCGGGCGCUCGUUCACCCGCCCCAAGGGCGGCACCUCCGCCAACGCCAACCCCGACGCGCGCUUCGUGAACCUGUGCGUGUGCGUGUACGAGUGCGAGAGCACGGGCGGCGCGGAGUGGCUGCUGGAGGACACGAUACCGCUGAAGAACGUCAGCUUGCCGAGGGUCGGGGUGUGCGCGGACACGCAGAUAGACUUGUCGUAUCUCAACAAUAGCGCGUUCAUGCAGAAGAAGCUGCGGGUCACGCAGGUCCUUCAAACCCUGUCGUCUGACGAGAGCCGCAACCGCAACGGCGAGGCGGAACCGGGCAAGUCCGCGGGUCUACUCGCCGUGCCUUCCUUCAGCACGCUGCAGUCUCUUCGGAAGAGUAUCAUGGAAAACGGGAACACUUGCCCACUGACGCAGAAACACUUGGUGCAACUAGAUUGGGUGUCUAAGGAGGAUGGGUCACAUAUAUUGACUGUGGCGGUUGGGAGCAGAGUGCUGUUGUUUACGGCAGUGUCUAGCGACUUGGCUCAAGCCAACUUGAAGGCCAUGAAAGAAUCCAUCAACAAUAACCGUCCAAUACUCCGCAAGGCAUCCUCCCUAGCCGCUCCUUUAUUCGUCGAAGAAAUCAGAUGGAUGCAGCUCCGGCGUAUCCAACUGAAAACCGCCGAUGGUUUACCACCCCUGCCUAUGCAGAUAUCGUGGGUGCGAGACGGGAUACUGGUGGUGGGGAUGGACUCGGAGAUGCACGUGUAUUCGCAGUGGAAACCGGAGAAUCAAAAUGCCGCUUUUGGCAUGUCUGGUGUACAGGAAAUCGAAGAGGGCAACGAAUCCCGCGCGUUACGUGACUCCGAUCUACGAGUCUCGGCGCCGCAUUUACAGAGAGUAUCCUCUAUCAAUCUGCAGCUGUUAGAGCGGGAUGCAAGACGACGGAACAAGACCCAGCCGGAUCAGCCGCAGCCACUACUCGACUACAUGCCGGACUAUGGUCUCUUCGAGGCAUCUCAGAUGGCCUGCCCAGUAUUGCCGCAGUAUCAUCCGAAGCAGCUCAUGGAAUUGCUUAACAGCGGAAAAAUACGAUGGGUUAAAGCUAUACUCGCUCACUUGGUGAGACGUAUCGGCGGUACAUGCGCUGCACGAGGGUCUCAGGGCGAUGAAGACAGUUUAUCCAGACAGCGCGGCUGGUCGCGGUCGAGAACUCUUUCGGUGUCGUUCGCUGCUGGCGCCGCUUCGCCGCUAGAUGGCGUUGCUCAGAUAACAGAAGACGUGCAGCUGGAUUACGCUGAAAUAACUUCGGUGCCGCCGCUCCCUCUCUGGACGUUGCUCGUUGCCGACAAGGAGUCUGCCCAUCAUCCGUCCACAAUACAGGAGGCCAAGGAUUAUGGAGAUCUGUUUGACGGGACCAUGGACGUAGAUGAAGACUUGGACGCAUUAUUAUUAGAUGAGGAGGAAUGCGUCGAUCGCCGGCCGUCAAUGCCGCCGGAGCGGCAGCCGUUAUCGCACUUUGGACCUCGUCAAGGCCGUAUUCUCUCCCGGCUACUGACGCACACGCACUUGCCCGGGCUGAGUUCACUGGACCAGAUGCAUUUGCUCGCGUUGGCCGACACCGUGUCGACGUGCGACGCCGACUUUGCCGAACGCUUCGCCGCCAACGCCCGCGUGGAUGUCGCGCAGGGCACUGGCCAGGAGAUAAUACCUGACUCUUUGGACGACUGCGGCCUCCGAUUCCUUCUCGCCAUGAAGCACUACGGCUACCUCCUCCGCUGCCUGCCUCUGGCUCAACGCGCGAACCUACAGCGGAACGGUGUGGGCACCUGCAACCUGGUGUGGGCCUUCCAUUCAGAGACACACGAACAACUACUGGCUUUAAUACCGGGUUACACUAAAGGACAGCCCAAGUGGAACACUAUGAGAGAGUUAGGCGUAGGCUGGUGGAUAAGAGGCGACCUACUGCGCGUGUGCGUGGAGCGGCUCGCCCGCGCCUCCUACAUGGCCAAGCAGGACCCCAUGGACGCCGCGUUGUACUAUCUAGCUAUGAAGAAGAGGAUGCUGCUAUGGGGCCUGUUCAGGUCGAGUAGAGACGAGAAGAUGACAGCAUUCUUUUCAAACGACUUUUCGGAGGAUCGCUGGCGUAAAGCGGCGCUGAAGAACGCGUUCGUGUUGCUUGGAAGACAGCGGUUUGAACACGCUGCCGCCUUUUUCUUACUUGGAGGAGCCCUGAAAGAUGCGUUGGAGGUGCUGAUAACUCGACUAGGCGACUUGCAGCUGGCCAUGGUUGUUGCGAGGUUGUACGAGACUGACAACCCAGCGUCACCCAGUUUGAAGAGAUUGUUAAUGGAUGAAAUUCUCGGAGGUGAAACGGAAGACGGCGAAAUAGACCUAGAGCGAGCGCACCCCGACCCAUUCGUGCGCUCAAUGGCACUUUGGGAGCUGAAGCGAUGCGGCGAGGCUCUCGACACCUUACUAGCGCCCGCGGGCCGUCUACACACCGCGCGCGAGUCGCGCGACAACGAGCCUGUGCCCAGCGUGUUCAACUUCUACGUGUACCUGCGCACGCAUCCCAGGCUGAAGCGGCACAAUCUGCCCAGUCAGGGAGCAACACUAGCCCUCCUCCAACAAGAGUCGGACGAAGGCAUCACCCGACUGGAGCGGCGGUUGUACUUCCAAACGGCGCACGGGCACUUCAAGGCGGGCUGCCCCGCGCUGGCUCUGGAAGUAUUGUCGAAGCUACCGGCGCGGGUGCGGGACGAGCGCCGCCCGGCGCCCGUGGCCGCGCCCUCGGUCGACGAGGCGACCAUACAUACGGGGCAGCUGACCGAUGCGAGCGAAACAAAACAAACCGCGAACUUUGAUCCAGCGCCUGCAGAAAUGGACUGGGGCUCGUCAACAAUGGACAUGGACUGGUGCGCGCCUGUCAGCAAACCGAAAGACGACGAACUGGUGCUCAGCUGGGACGAGGAAGAUGACAAGGGUUCCGGAGCAUCAGGCGCAUCAACGCCUCCGCUAGAAAUGAAGAUGGACAAGACAGAAGAGGCGGAAGUGAACGGGGCGGCUGAAAGCGAGAAAGAGAAGGAAGAUGAGGCGCCAUCUGUCGACAUUAUGGCGCAGCAGCUCAAGUUCGUGGCGUGCCUCAAGAUAUUGAUGGAGGAGUUGAGCACGCUCGCUACCGGGUUUGAAGUUGACGGUGGUCACCUCCGUUACCAGCUCUACAUAUGGCUUGAGCGCGAAGUCGAAGCCCUCCGUCGCCUGUGCGGCUACGCGUCCGCCAGCAGCGCGGCCGGCGGCGGCGAGCUCAUAUGUGCUGACGCGGACCCACCGCCAUUACCCGACCGGCCGACGUUGCAUCAGUUACUAAUAAGGGAGAAAGCGGACUUUGAAGCUAAAGUGCAGAGGGCAGUUCGGAGAAAGAAGUGGCUUAAAGCGAAUGAGACCCUCCUCCGAACAUUGCUGUCCUACUGCUCGCUACAAGGCGCAGGUGGGGGCGGUCUCGCCUCCGUCCGCAUGGAACUAGUACUGCUACUGCAAGAGCUGGGACAAGACAAACAGCACCAGCAGUUACUGUCGCCUCUGCCGUUCCCUACUACACUGCCGCUGCUGGCCGCCGCGGUGGCCACCAACAACACCGUGGUGGCGGAUCCUGUCAGACACCUGCAGUCCGUCGCGCAAGACAUGCUGGGAACAUUGGGCGAGAUGGGCAUUCCCGGUGGCUCAGCCACUCGCCUCUUACACACGCUACGAGUGCUCGCCGUGGCGCUUUCCGCCUGCAUCUACCAGAGCCUGUGCGACUCGGACACCUUCCAUCUCAAGCACCACCACACGGACAGUAUCAUUGCCGAAACACCUGGAACCCACACGUCCCAUAUGCUGGCUCGGCAAAGACGGUACUCAACUGAAGAGCUUACCGUCACCACCCCACCUAACAAAUGGCCAGGAGUGUCAGCGUUGCGCGGUCUGGCAUUGCGGGCGGCGGAAGAGGAGGAGGCCCCCCGCCUCCCCGUGCUGCUGGCGGAGUCGUUCUGCGCCGUGUACCUGGCGCUGCUGGGCUGGGCGCUGGCGGCGCGCGACGCGCACCUGCUGUACCGGCUGGCGGCGCACACGGCCGACGCGCGCGCGCAUGCGCGGCUGUUCGGCGGCGGCGUGCGCCGCCUGCUCACCACCGCGCCCGCCCCGCCACAGCCAAAACUAGUAGAACGCGCUGAAGGCACCUCCGUAUGGUCGUCCCUCCGCGAGAAGCGAGCGCUGCUCAACAUGCGGCUGCUCGGGCUCGGGCCCUCGGUCCCGCACAAGAACAUACAGGAAGGCCGGCCCACCUACAGGGAGCAGUUUGUGCCGCCCUACUGCAGCAUAUUAACAUUCUUGUUGAAUAAGCCAACUCCCGAGCAAGACCCCGAUUGCUGCGAUUACGAUUCAGCGGAGUCGGGUGCCGAAGAUCCCGAUGACAGCGGCAGCGAAGCGGACGAUGACGACAUCUUUGAUACUAACCCGGCCAGAGAGGCAAAGCGCACUAAACUAGUGAAUACAGAGCACUCCGACCCGGACUCUUACUCGUGGGUGCUGAUGCGCGUCGCGGUGUUGCGGCUCUCGCAGCAGAAGUUGCAGCACUUCCUGCAGCUCUGCGGCAUCGAGAUGUCAGAGCUGGCAACAACGAGUCCAGCCGUGCACGCCGCCUUACGCCGCGUAGACCAAUGGCAGCAGCAGUUGACUGAAAACUUAGAGUCUAGGGCCCCGCCCCCUGACUACAUCCCGGGUUGCUUCCCGGAGCAGCUGCCGGCCGGCCCGCCCAUCAACAAGUACAGAUGCUUGUUAGAGAAACACAACACGCCAUUCAACUCGAAUCUAUUUAGCACUGCGCCUGCUAGACGACUGUGGAGUUUCCUCGUUCGACAGGAGUUAGUUCAGGAAAUAUUUAUACGCGCGGUGUUCUCCCGGCGUCGAACCAUGUCCCUCUCAGCAGACGCGACCGGGGAACCGCGCCCGGGCUGCCUUCCCAACCAACAGAGGCUCGGGGACGAUCUGCACAAUCCAGUCAGGAUUAUACACAAGGAGCAGGACUCCAUCGCUGCUUUCUGUCUCAACCGGGUCGGCGGUGCAUUGCUUGCGGUAGCAACGGCGCGCGAGGUGCAAGAGAUGGACGUGUCGCUCCUGCUGCGCGGCGGCGCUAGCUGGGCCGAGGACGAGUGCGAGGUGGACCUGCUGGCGCUCGCGGCCGACCCCGCCGCGCUGCCCGACACCGGCUUCCUGCUCAUACAGCACCAGGACAAGCCCAACAAUGGUUCCGUGCCCGGCACUGGCAACAGCUCGCCGUUGAACCCCAACGCGCCGCAGAUCCCGGUCGGUAUGGCCAGUCAGACGGGGCGGGGCGCCAGCGUCGUGCUGAAACACAAAAUUGAUAACAUCAAGCGUAUGGCAGCUCAUCCUUCGCAACCAUUGUACCUGACGGGCGGUGCCGACGGGUCAGUCCAACUCUGGGAAUGGGGCCACUCAUCCUGCGUAUGGUCGGUGCGCGCGCCCGGAGCCUUCGCCAAGGUCACCCGCGUCCGCUUCUCCGACUACGGGAACAAGUUCGCGGCUGCGGAUGCCGACGGCAACCUUGCCAUGUGGCAGCUCCACCCGUCGGCGCAGCAACACGACUCUACGCAACCCCACGCCUCCGCUAGGCCGUUCUUCACUCACCAGUGUCAUAGUAAAGGAAUAAGUGACUUCGUUUUUCUUGGUUCCUGCAGUUUAGUUGCUACAGCCGGGCAUAGUUCGGAAAGCAAAAAUGUUGCCAUAUGGGAUACGUUGAUGCCGCUCAAGAAGGCGUUAGUUGUUUCCUGGACGUGCCACGAGGGCGGCGCGGCAUGCCUGGCGUGGGCGGGGUCUGCGGGCGCGCUGGUGUCGUGCGGGCGGCGCGGCGACGUGUUCGUGUGGGACCUGCGCACGCGCGCCUCGCGACACAAGCUGCACGCGCACCACGCGCCCAUCAAGUGCGUCGCGCUCUCGCACCACGAGGACCAGUACGCCAUCGGCGCGGCCGACGGGGACAUCAAGGUGUUCUCACUGAUGACGCACCAAUUACUGCACACGUUUGCCGGCGAGCAUGCACGCAGCUCCUUCUUCAAGCACAUCGGUCAAGGCGUCACGCAGAUUCAUAUCGACAGCGCCGGUCGGCUGUUCUCGUGCGGCGCGGACGGCACCAUGAAGGUGCGCAAGCUGCCAGAGCGCGACGCGCCGCCGCCGAGCCAAGCGCAGUAUUCUAAUUAAUAGGCAGGCGAGGUGCAACAGCGGGAGCGGUCGCAGGCCUACCCGCGAUACCCUUGUGAUGUAUUUAUCGUUAUUGCUACUCAAUAUUACGAGUAUGAGAUAUACGCUGUUAGACUAGUCACUGUUAUUAAAUCUUUAGUUAAUUCUAGUGUGAAAUAUUCGCUAUUUUUAUCGUAAUGUACCUUUGUCCUAGAUGAAAGAUAUAAUUUAUUUAUUCGCACGUGCUGUUGGUUGAAUUUGUAUAAGUCCACUUUAUCGGCCGCGGGCCUAAGUGAAUGAAUAAAGAAGUUGGUAAACUCGCGUUUUGAAAGCAUCACCAUAUCGAACAGAGCACUGUUUUGUCUUGUGGGCGAGGCUU